AUGAGCCCUGACCUACUACCUCAGAUUCUCCUGGUGGCCCGAGAAUGGCCGGGUUCAAUUCCAGGAGCCCCCCAUCAACACUCGGUUGAUUACGCCUCCAUGUGGGCGGGCGCACAUGUCCGUCCCAUCCCGGCGACAACGUCUCAGCUGCAAGAAGAAGCAAAGUGGCUGAAGCGGACAGUCGCAGAAUUUGAUCGGCUGGCUGCCGAGGAGCCCGCGUCGGGAGUGACCCGGACACUCGGGGUGGAAUACCUCGAGGCUCCCGAUCAAGCCUACCAACAGCAGGAUGCAGCGAGCUUCAAGAAGGAAACCGGGCUCCCGGGGUUCAGGAAACAUGCAAAGUCCGAGUUACCUGAAGGCGUUGCGCUCGGGUACGAGUACGAAACGUUUUGCAUCAAUUCACCAGUUUACUGCGAAACCUUGCUGCGGAAAUUCGUGCUCCGCGGCGGCAAGACCAUGCAGAAGAACCUGAGAAGCGAGUGGGAAGCAUUCAGCUUGGCGGAAAACGUAGCGUUUGUCAUAAAUGCAAGCGGCGCCGGGUUUGGGGACCCGACAUGUUUCCCAACAAGAGGUCAGACCGUUGUAACGGAUCUCGUUCACGUGCAGAAAACCAUCACCAGGCAAAACAAGGAUGGUAGCUGGAGCUUCUUGAUCCCAAGGUUCUUUAAUGGCGGCACCAUCGUUGGCGGAACGAAAGAACCGGAUGAUUGGCGACAGAAGCCGUGUGUGGCAACCAGGAAGAAAUUACUGGAAGAAGGGCUCAAAAUAGAGCCGCUAUCCCACGGAGAUGGCAAAAUCACCCCCAGAAAGACGAUUAAAGAGGUUGGCGUCAUAUCAGACGUUGUGGGAAGACGCCCCACGCGUCAUGGGGGGAUGAGAAUAGAGGUCGAAGAGCGACGGAUCCCCCAGUACCCAAACAAGGACAUGAACUGUUCUGUGAUUCAUGCAUAUGGUGCUGGCGGCCGUGGAUACGAGAUCAGCUGGGGUGUUGCGAAUGAGGUCCUUACCUUGGCAUCACCUCUUUUGGCCAGACUAUAA